GCACAGCCGGCUCCCGGGAGCCUUCGUCUGACCGCCAGGAUGGAGCUGGGGCCGGGGCCCAAGACCUUCGCGCUGGAGCCCCGGUGUCUGGAAGAUGGGGGUCCGGGGCCUGACACCCUCUCAGGUGGCGGCGGUGGGAGUGAAAGCCAGGAGGAAGAGGCUCCAGAGAAGACCCGCCCACCACGGUCAGUCAUCUCAGCCCCAAAGCGGGUCAGCAAGAGCACCAAGGAGGCCCAGCCGGCACAGCAGGCGCUGCAACCACAGCGGUUAGAACCGCAACCAGAGCUGCAACAACCGCCACAGCAAGAACAGCGACGACAGCUGCAGCCACAGAACCAGCCAUCGGGACGCCAGUCAGCACUGCAGCCACCGCAGCAGCAGAAUGGACAAGCACAGCUGCAGGAACGACAAGAAAAACACCAACCCCGGCAACAUCCGCGACCGAAGUCACGGCUGCCGCUGGUGCAACAGGUGCAGGAGCAGCAAGCGCCAGGGCAUCAGCAGGAACCGCCGCCGCCGCAGCGAGGACUCCAGGAAGAACCCCGGCCUGUGCCACCUGAGCCCCCGAAGCCACAACUACAGCUGGUGCAACCGCAGGAAGCGUCACACGCGCAGCAAGGACAAGAGCAGCCGCAGUUGGAGCAACAGCAGGAACGGUCAGGACAGCAGGCACAGCUGCAGCAGCAGCAGCAGAAGCCGGGCCAGUCACAGAUACAGGCUCAGCUCCAGCAGCAGCUGUUGCAGCAGCAGCAGCAACAGUUACAGCAGCAGCAGUUGUUGCAGCAACAGCAGCUGCUGCAGCAGCAGCAGGAACAGUUACAGCGGCAGCUGUUGCAGCAGCAACAGUUACACCAGCACCUGCUGCAACAACAACAGUUACAACAGCAGAUGUUGCAACAACAACAGUUACAGCAGCAGCUGUUGCUGCAGCAGCAAGAACAGUUGCAACAGCAGCAGCUGCAGCGCCGUUCACUGGAGCCAGAGGAGGAGGAAGAGGAGGUGGAGCUGGAGCUCAUGCCAGUGGACAUGGAGUCGGAGCAGGAACUGGAGCAGCAGCGGCAGGAGGUCCAGCGGCAGCAGGAGCUGGAGCGGCAACAAGAACAGCGGCAGCUGCAGCUCAAACUGCAGGAGCAGCUGCAGCAGCUGGAGCAGCACCUGCAGCAGCAACAGCAGCUGGAACAGCAGCAGGAGAUGCAGCUGGAGCUGACCCCCGUGCAACCUGAGCUGCAGCUGGAGCUGGUGCCCACUGCGGGGGCAGGCCCGGCUUCAGGACCUGGCGCCUCGGGACCUGUCGUGGUGGGCCCCCCGGGCUACGUGGUGCUGCAGGAGCUCAUGGUGCUGCCGGCCGUCGCCCCGCUGCAGCCAGCUGUGGCUCCACUGCCACCGGCCGUGGCCCUACCGCCACCAGCCGUGGCCCUACCGCCAUCAGCUGUAGCCCUACCGCCACCAGCCGUGGCCCCCCUGCCUCCAGCCGUGGCCCUACCGACACCAGCCGUGGCCCUGCCGCCACCAGCUGUGGCCCCGCCGCCUCCAGCCAUUGCCCUGCCAGCAGUGGCCCCGCCGCCGCCUCCGCCACUGCCGCCACCACCGCCACUGCCACCGCCGGCCGUGGCCCCACCGCCCCUGGCCGUGGUGCCCAUCUCAGGCCCCGCGGGUAGUGCCGCCCUGACACCAGCCCGGCAGCGGCGCCGGCGGCGCGCCCGGGAUCGGCCGACCAUCUGCGGCGAGUGCGGCAAGGGCUUCAGCCGCAGCACCGACCUGGUGCGGCACCAGGCCACGCACACGGGCGAGCGGCCGCACCGCUGCGGCGAGUGCGGCAAGGGCUUCUCGCAGCACUCGAACCUGGUCACGCACCAGCGCAUCCACACGGGCGAGAAGCCCUACGCCUGCUCCUACUGCGCCAAGCGCUUCAGCGAGAGCUCGGCCCUGGUGCAGCACCAGCGCACGCACACGGGCGAGCGGCCCUACGCCUGCGGCGACUGCGGCAAGCGCUUCAGCGUCUCGUCCAACCUCCUGCGCCACCGGCGCACGCACUCGGGCGAGCGGCCCUACGCGUGCGAGGACUGCGGCGAGCGCUUCCGCCACAAGGUGCAGAUCCGCCGCCACGAGCGCCAGCUGCACGGGGCCGGCCGCGCGCGGGGCCUGGGGCUGCUCCGCACCACGCGCUCGGCUGCGGGCGGGCUGCGCACCGGGCAGGUGGCCGGGGGCAAGGCUCCGUGAAGGGAGGAGCCGGCUCGUCUGGUUGGGAUGUCAUGGCCCCGCUCGCUCUGGGGCACUUUGGGAUCUCCUGGAAUCGCGCGUGGAAAAGGCUUCCGUCUUUCCCCAGAAUCAGCUGCGGGAGGGACACGUUCACCCUCAGAAACGCUCCGCGAGAGAAGCCAGCGUGGCUGGCACCGCACAGAUGUUGCACGUCAGCUCACACACAGGCACACAUUGCACUGGGUACCGAAGGCCGCCGACGUGCCACCCUGGGCACAUUGGAUUCUGAGAUGAGAGCCACCCGAGAAAACUUUCAGGGGCCCAUGGGACCGUUGGUGACAGUGGGCACGGAUCGCACACUAACCAGGGGAUCAAACAUACCGGUAAAAUGCACGGGGAAAGGACUUGAUCCGGUGGAAAUUACUUCAAGGAAAUAGAGGAGAAUGGCCCCCUGUCUGCACCAGCAGAAGGCGGAUCAAGGCGCGACAAGUCCUCAGUGGCGUGUGCCCUGAAAAUACUUUCUUCAGUGAAAUUCGUCAGGGUGGCUAGAACCCCGACUUCAGCGUGUGUGUUCUUGAACACAGGGUCGGAGUGCCCGCUGGGCCAAUGUGCAAACGCCAGGAAGUCCUGCUCUGGGCGGGAGGUGGAGCCUUCCGUCCAGGGCCGCCGGCUCCUCGCCAGCGUGGGAGGGAAGCUGUAGCCUCUGCUGUGUGUCCGCGUGUCCUCUUUUUAAAAGAAAAAAAAUGUUUUUAUUGAUUUCAGAGAGGAAGGGAGGGGGAGAAAGGGAUAGAACGUCAAUGAGGAGAAUCAUUGAUCAGCGGCUGCCUCUUGCACGCCCCCUACUGGGGAUGGAGCCUGCAAACCGGGCAUGUGCCCUGACCGGGCAUGGAACUGUGACCUGGUUAAUGGCCAAUGCUCAACCACUGAGCCACACCGGAGGGGCAGCGCCCUCUUGAAUAGAAGCCUAUGGCUGAAGCAGAGGGCAUUCUGGGAGAGCUGUCCAAGGUCCAAGGGAGGGAUCCCCCUGGAAAGAGCUCUGGGAUUCCCUCCUUUCCCUGCAGGCCUGUAGCUCUAGGCUUCUCAGACGUUUGCCCAGCAACUGAGGUUGGGGUUAGGGCCCUGGGGCACGGGGUCUCCUGGGCCAGGCUGUGCAGGGGGCUGGCCUGAGGAGACCUGCCUCAUCAUGGGGGGUCCAGGGAGAAUGUUGGGGACAAGGACUGAGACAUCAAAAAUGCCCUUUACAUUUACAGAAUCGUCUGGGGGUCGCUGAUGUCCAUGGGAAGGCAGGCGGGUGGGGGGGGCUGCCCCCCACUGCCGCCCCCAGCGCUGCCUGCUCCUGGCGUCCUGUCCUACCUGUGGCUGCGUGCGUCCUGCCCUCUCUCCUCCCGGCUUCUCCUUUACUCACACAACCUGCUACAUUCCACAAACGUGUUGGUAGGUGAGAAACAGAAAAUAAACAAGUGGAGAAACGCA